CCCGCCGCCGCCACUCGCCACCAACUCUCUCUCUCUGUCUCUCUCUCUCCCUCAGGAACGCUAGGGUUUCCUGCGGCGGCGGCGGAGGAAGGCGGUGAUGGGGCACUCCAACGUGUGGAACUCGCACCCCAAGAACUACGGGCCCGGAUCCCGCGUCUGCCGGGUCUGUGCCAACCCUCACGGUCUGAUUAGGAAGUACGGGCUGAUGUGCUGCAGGCAGUGCUUCCGCAGCAACGCCAAGGACAUUGGCUUCAUCAAGUACCGCUGAAGGCAGCUGUGGGCUAUGAGAAUGCCAUCUUCUGGUAUGACAUGGACCAUGUGAUAGAGGCGAGGCGAUAAUUUAAAUUCCAGUAAUUUUGAUGUUUUGUUCAGAACUCUGCAAGUGAAGUCUGCCUGUGUUUUUGAUGGAGAACUUGGCCAUGUCUGUCAUGUUCGAACCAUGAAUUGCCUGCAUAUGUGCAGAAUUUCAGCUACCUUGUUUGAUCACCGUCUUAUCUGUCUGGUUGAGCAUCAAGUUGGAUGGUUAUUGCUGAA